GAAUGCCUUUCGAUAAUCGGAAUGGCUGACUCCGGAGAAAGCGUGAGAGAUUUAAACGAAGCUACCAAAGUACUAUCUCAAAAAUUAGCUGGGAAUGACAAAACUCAUAGAGAUAGAGCUAUUGCGAAAUUAAGACUUUUAAUAGAAAAACGUCAAAAAAAUGGUUUGGAAUUUUCCAAAACGGAUAUGUUGGCUUUCUGGGCAGGACUACACUAUUCCAUGUGGAUGUGUGACAAACCUGUUGUACAGGAAAAAUUGGCUGAUGUAUUGGCUUCACUUUUAACUUGCUUUAAGGACAAAGACAGUCUGCUGUCAUUUAUAGAAAUGUUUUUUGAAACAGAAAAUAGAGAAUGGUUUAAUCUAGAUCGCUGGAGAGUUGAUAAAUUUAUGAUGCUUUUUAGAAGAGUUUUCCGUGGUUCCUUGGAACUUUUAAGAGAUAGAAAUUGGGAUAGAGAUCUUGUUGAAGGGUUUGCACAAACAUACGAAAGGCAAUUUUUAACUGCUGAUAAUUCUAAUAUAUCUGAUGAAUUAUUGCUUCAUUUUAUUGAUAUCUUCACUGAUGAGCUCGAAGGCGUUCAAACAGAAGAUUCUCUGAUUCCUCGUGAACUUGUAAAUAUUUUCCUUCAUCCCUUUUGUAAAUAUCUUCCAGUUGUUCGAAACAAGUUAUUGUUUAAAGAAGUUAAAGAGAAAAUAUUCGACAGAGUAACGAAACAAGUUUUAGAACUUUCUGAGAUACUUGAUCAACAUAAUGAGAGUAAACAUGAAGAAGACUGUGAAGAAUCUGAUGACGAAAUAGAUAAAAAUGGAGUAGAUAUGGAAGAAGACGAAGAUGAAGACGAUAAUAUAGGUGACGGUGAUAAUAAUAAUAAUAAUGAGAACGGAGAAGAUCCUAAAGGAAAGAAAGACAAUGUGCUUAUGGUAGAACCGUUAGAUUAUGAUCUACAAUUUUUAGCAUCUGCUUUAAAGGAGAAUGUCUUUGCUAAGACCACUUAUAGUGUAACAUUUCACGCUGUUUUCAGGCUGUAUAAAAGAUUUAAAUCCAUAUCUGAAGGAGAGCUUCCUAAUGAUCUUGCUAGAGAUCAUAGUGAGACCAGCUUUAAUUAUGAUAUUAGAUUGGAGGAAGAGAUCGCUCUUCAUCGUUUACAGAAAUUCGAAAAAAAAGUUCUGAAAAAGGAUUCCAAAAAGAGGAAAAAGCAGAAAAUUCAGAAACUUCAAAAAGUUCAGAAAGUUCCAAAGGUUCAGAAGGUUGCAAAAGUCGAAAAAGUUAUGAAAGCUGAAAAACCUGAAAAGAGUGCCGUAAAGAAAUCUAAAGCAAAGAAGAGAGUUGCAUCUGAAACAUUAGAAGUUCCCAACCCUACUAAAGUUGUGAAAAAAGCAAAAAUUUCUUCAAAGAAAAAAAAAUUAGAAAAAGAAAAACAAGAGGAACCAACUACAACGACAUCUCCUGUGAAAGCUAAAAAGUCAAAUUUGAAAAAGACUUCAAUGAACUUACUACAGAGCACUUUUUUGAAUAAUUGUGCUAAAAGAGCCAAGUUAACGCCAAAAAGAAAAAAGCCCGCCAUAGAAGAGGAUUCACCAUCGGCUAACGAAAAUUCAAAACGAAAAGUACAAUUUGCCUUAAAGGAUAACAAAGCUCAAGACCAUAAAUCAUACAUGAAGUCUCUGAGAGCUAGAACAAAAUCUACUGACGACUGUUUUAACCCAUCUACUGUACCAUCCCAAGGAAUUUUAAAGAAAAAGAAUGGAGACGUAAAAAGGAGACGUUCUGUCCCAGUGUAA